GGAUUUCUUCCUAUAAAGCAGCCACACCCGUUCUCACCCCCACACCCAUCUCUCCUCUCCUCUGCUCCCUAUUUUCCAUUCCUCACUCUACACAGUCUUUCAGCUCUGUGCACUUCAUAUCAAAUCCGGAUGACGAACCACAAUGUGAAGGCUCCUGAUCUCCAGUCUCAAAUUAACGCCGUUAUUGCGCUGUUGAUGUCCAUUUCCAAUUCACCUUUGUUGCCCGGAGCGGGUAUCCCGGAAUCCAUGGCUCUGCUUCGUCAGUUUCUGGGGACAUCCCAGAAAAAGCUCAUCAAAAGGCUCCAGGACAGAGAUGGCAAAGGAGGAGCCAAAGUUACCUCCUGGGUUGAUUCAAUGAGAGCUUCCUCUCCUCCCCGAGUCAAAUCAACCGUCCACGCCUGUGAAGACUCAGACAUAAGUUCUGGGAUUCUCCAUCAUCCUUCAGCGCUCAACGUGUUUGAGCAGAUAAUAUCUAAAUCAAGAGGGAAAAAGAUCAUCACCUUUCUUGACUACGAUGGAACUCUCUCCCCAAUUGUUGCAGACCCCGAGAAAGCAUUCAUGACCGAAAAGAUGAGAGAAACGGUGAAGGACAUAGCCAGACAUUUUCCCACGGCCAUCGUGACUGGGAGGUGCAUAGACAAGGUAUAUAACUUUGUAAGACUGGCAGAACUGUAUUACGCAGGCAGCCAUGGCAUGGACAUCAAGGGGCCAACGAAAACACGAAACUCUGAGAAAGGUAAACGAGCAGUCCUCUUCCAGCCUGCGAGUCACUUCUUGCCCAUGAUGGACGAGGUGUAUAAACUGCUAGUAGGAAAAACAAAGUCUGUUCCCGGGGCCAUCGUAGAGAAUAACAAGUUUUGCUUGUCCGUGCACUACCGUUGUGUUGACGAGAAGAGUUGGGGUGCAUUGGCAGAGCAAGUUAGAUCAGUGCUCAACGAUUAUCCAAAACUUAGACUCACCCAAGGAAGAAAAGUUUUAGAGAUCCGUCCAAACAUCAAAUGGGACAAGGGCAAAGCUCUCGAGUUUUUGCUGCGAUCACUAGGUUAUGCAAAUUCUAAAGACGUAUUUCCGAUUUACAUCGGUGAUGACCGAACUGAUGAGGAUGCUUUUAAGGUUUUGCGCAACAGAGGUCAAGGGAUUGGGAUUCUAGUUUCAAAAGUUCCAAGAGAAACAGAGGCUUCCUACACUUUGCAAGACCCAUCAGAAGUCGAGCAUUUUCUAAGGCGUUUGGUGGAGUGGAAGAGAAGGAGGGUCAAUCCAGCAAGUGUAGAGGCCUUUAGAUUGUAGAUAGGUUAAUGAAAGAACUCAGACCACCCCCAGAAAUUUGGUGAAGGGUGGAUUGAAUCUUUAAAUUGAAUCAUUUUCAUGCUUCAGUAGCGGCAAAUAGUAUCAGUUUGACUUUUUGAGGAAGUUCAAAUAGAUUCUAUCUUCUCUGUGGAUGCCGAUGGCGUCUUAUUCCAUCACAGUCCACACGUUUGCAUGCGCACGUGUAUGGUGAACUACAGAGAGAUGUUUUAUACUACUUGCUCAUUUCAAAAUGCCAAUCGAGUGUUUCAACUUUCGACAUUAAUCCACCCUCUGAAUUGUACU